GUGUUGAGAGACGACAGGUGCCAGAUUUGGGUGAGGGAAGAAAGGAAGGUAUGUCUGCUCAAAGCGCAAAGAAGAAAAGGCUUGGCUCACGCCGCAGAGGAUUAAACCAAAAUGAAAAAACUAAGGCUGAUGAGUUCCAAAUAACGGACAGUACCUCUGAAGAUCAACGCCACUUGACCGUAGAUGAUACUGAAUCAUUGAAAGUAUUAGCUGAACCUGAUAAUUCACUAUAUGAAACUCAGAGUCCAUCUGCAUUUUCAGGUAACAGAAGGAAACUGGGGUCUAGUCGCAAAAAUAAAGGACACCAUGAAACUGAAUCUUGCCAUGAAACUAAAGAGGAAGUUAAGGAAACCAUUGCAACAAAACAAAUGUCACUUACAAUGCAACAUGUCACAGAGGAAGUAUUGAUUCAAGAGAGUGACAAUAUGUCUGCAACACAUGAGAGUUAUCUUUAUUCAGAUUCCGAACAUGAUUAUUUUCCUGAACUUCAGAAUGCUACUGUAACAAACUAUCCAGAGGCUGACCUGGACAGUGUUAUUCCCAAAAGCGAAAAUCUGCAAACACGCCUUUAUGAAAAUGUGACAAACUCUAAAAUUGUAUCAGACUCCUUUACAUUUGUGCAAACCAUGGAGGAAAGAGUGAACACAUCUGAAACUCUUUACUGCGAGGAAGACAAGGAAAGUGCACACUGUGUAAGCAACUCUGAGUUAACAAGGUUAAGUCUUGCUUCACUUCCAAGUGUAGAUCACACAAAUGUUAGGGAAAUGUCAGAACAAAAGCUUCCUGAUGUGUGUACUGAAAGAGAAAAAGAAUGCAAAGAAAUAGAUGAUGAGACAGAGUUGUUAAGGAAGGAUGGAAACUCACAGGGCAAUUAUUUGGUUAGUGAGUCUGUAGUUUUGCCAUUUGCCACCACACCCGAGAUAACCACAGAAGAAACCAUUCGAAGAGAAAAUACUGAAAAUGAGUCCGAUGAUGAGCCAGCUACAAUGUCAUCACCAAAAGAGAAAAUGCUUACAGAUGAGGAACAAAAGCCAACUGAAAUUGAAGAUCUGCCGCAACAAGAUAAUACAUCUGUCAGUGUGAUUCAUGCUGCCACAGAAGAGUCUGAAAUAAUUUCUUGUAACCCAAUGGACCCAUAUGAAAUCAGAGACACAAACCAAUGUGAGAAUGUUGUGAAAAUAACUUAUGAUUCUCCUACCUAUCAGGACAUUUCAAUUCCUGACAACAAGCAGGAUGAGUAUCUUAAUGAAGAAAGCAUUUUUGAGGAUUUAGAGCAGAAAAAUGAGGAUCAUUAUUUCUAUGAUACCAAGGAACCACCGAUCAGCGACAUUGAAGGAGUAGACUCUGCUCUAGGUCAGGUGAAGGAGAUUGAAGGCCAAGUACAGUAUGCUAUGAAACCCAGUGCUGAACCAAAGGGUCAUGAGGAAGGACUUUUCUCUGAAAUGGAGGAGGGUGAAUCCUCUUCACAAGCUGUGCAAUCAGGAAUAACUGUGACUUCUGACUCCCAACCACAACAAAACAUUGACUUUAACCCCAUUGGGAACAGAAGAAAACUGGGGUCUAGCCGUAGAAAUAAAGGAAGACAGCAUGUCAAGGACUCUGUUGCUGAAUUGUACCAUGAACCUGCAGGGGAAGAUUCUGGAAACACCAGGGAAAAUACAUCUCUUGAAACAGAAUUGUCAUUACCAAUAGAGCCAGUAGUGCAGGAACAAAUGAAGGAAACCAUGUUGAAGGGAAUGGAAAUAUUUGACACUGCUCCAACUGAAUAUGUUGGUGAGCUUGUUAAAGAAAAUUCACUUGUUGGCAUCUCUGAGCUUACUGGUUCAAAUGUACAUGCACAUUUAAGAGAAGAUCAAAAGACAAAUGUCCAAUCAAAUGUUGGGGAGAUGCCAGAGGAAGAAUUCCCAAAUGUUUGUACCGUAACAGAAAAGAAAGCAUGGCAAAGGACAAUGUCACAGAAAUGUUCAGGCACGCUGAAAAUGUACAGACCAACUAUUUGA